UGACUCUGUAGAUGGAUCCAGCGCUAAUAAACUGUCGUCGGGAAAGGGAACCAUGCCCAAAUCGCAGAAAGGACAGAAACAAGGCGCUGCAACUUCAACACCUUCGAAGAUGAAGGCUACAGAUCCGGCCUCCCUCCCCGGAACAAGUGGUGGCUUCGUUGUCCGUGAUGGGUCAAAAAAGGGGGGAAGAAAUCGCAGCGAUGAUCGGGGAAAGAGUGAUCAUGCAAUCAGCGAUUCGGAGAGCGACACAUCAUCGGAUACGGAGCCGGUAACUCCGAGAAAAACCUGGUUGGGAUCAGUAUUUAGUUCGCCGAAAAGGCAGCAGGCCCGCACAACGUCGCCAUCUGCGUGGUGUGCACGAGACACAGAGGCCUAUCGUAACCGCUAUCCGAACAAGAGGGACAAUAAGAGCCUGAAUGACAACUGGAAGUUCUACAACAACGAGAUUGAAUCUAAGCCCAGAGGUACCUAUAUUGAUACAAUGCACGAACAUUGGUUUGGAGAUUAUAGCCUACUAGAAGAGCACCAUGGAUACAUUCAGUGGUUGUUUCCCAUCCGAGAGAUGGGAAUGAACCGGCAGGCACAGGAGCUUCAGUUGCAUGAGGCAGAGAGGAUAUGUAAGGAUCCGAAGUGCAGCGACCGCGUCGUUAAAUCCUACGAGUUGAUGCUUCAUUUUUGGGGAAUGCAUCUCGAAGACCGACAAAAGGGGAAGAUCGUACGAGGGGACAACUGGAAAGAGAGGUUCCGUAAUCUCAACAGGUCGUCCCACAACUACCUCCGGAUAACUCAGAUUCUCAAGUCGUUGGGAGAGCUCGGCCAUGAACGUCUGAAGCUUCCCUUCCUGAAGUUUGUUCUCCACGAGGCGAUCGUGGAGCGGACGCUAGCCAACGCCGAGAGGAGUUGCCUGCACUACUGGAUACACACACUGAGAGAUGACAAGCAACGAAAGUGGAUACAGAUUUACGCAGAUAACUUGCUCGCGGAAAGCAAGCAUUGAGUUGAGAUCCAUAAAUAGAAUCAUCUUACACCUAUUAGCACUUGUACUACAUUGUAUUACAUUGUGUUUAUUCACUGAUACAUCCAUAUAAAACCACAGAGUGUGUGAGCGGUUUUGGACGCUACAGUGAGUAAUCAGGCAAGGCAGUUUUGGGAAGUACAGGGAGUAACAGGCAGAGGGAUUUUGGGCAGUAAAGGGAAUAACAGGCAGGGCGGUUUGGGGCAGUACAGGGAGUUACAGGCAGGGCGAUUUAGGCAGUGCAGGGAGUAACAAGCAAGGCAAUUUGGGGCAGUACAGGGAGUAACAGGUAGGGCAGUUUGGGGCAGUACAGGGAGUAACAAGCAGGGCGGUUAAGGGCAGUUUAGGGAGUAAUAGGAAGGUUGGGACUAUCAAACCGGAAAAAAAGCUAUUGGAAUACUCGGUUGAUAAUUGAAUAUUGAAAUGUUUUGUAUAUUCGGGACAGAAGAAGAGUUUUUCUUAAGUUGAUUGAUUAAAACCCUCUUCUGAGAAUAAAUAUGAAAUUAUUGAUAGAUUUGUUCAUUUCAGUAAAUGUAAAUUUGGCUUUUAAUUUAAAAUUACUUCAGUCACAAGUAAAACCAAAUAUUAAAGUAUACAAAAAAUGUUUUAUUUUAAAGCAAAUUUUAAUGUGUAAUUAAAUGUACUUCAAUUUGCAGUUGAGCUCAAAAUAUUAUAAUAGAAUU